AUGAAGUUAACGUGCGUGAUCGUGGUCAUGGCCGCCUGCGUGGCGUCGGCACAAGACUUCGACUCGGGUGUUCGCGUCGCCAUGAAAAUCUACGACGACUGCAAAAUUAAGUCGGAAGGUUUCUCGCCGUGCCUCAAGAAAAAGGCCAUCGUGUUUAUGGAUAGACUGAGCCGCAUGGAGAAGUUAGACUUAGUGGAUGGUUUUACCCUGGUACGCGCUGCAGACGCCAAACAAGAGCCCGCCACCACCGAGGAGCAGCUAGACGCUAAUUUACCCCGCGCUUUGGAGGACAAGGAUACCACCCUCAGCAACAUGGUUUACGACAAAUUCAACAACUUCAUCCAAUCCAGAUCCCUGGAUAUCUCCGUGCCCAGACUAGUAGAAGAUGAGGAUGAUGAAGAUGUCGACGACGAAGAAUUCGAAGGUCGCAAGGGCAAGAUAAAGAUCCCCAAAAUGAAGAAGAAGAAGGGAGGCAAGAAAGGUAUGAUGGGGGGUAUGAUGAUGAUGCUGAUGGGCAAAUUGAUGGGACUCAUCCCAAUCGCCAUUGCUGGUUUGUGGUUGCUCGCUAAGAAAGCCCUCAUUACCGCCAAAAUCGCCCUCCUUCUUUCCGGUAUCAUGAUCAUCAAGAAGCUCAUGCAAUCCAAACAAGGAGGCGGCGGCGGCGGUCACAGCAGCGGCGGCUGGUCUUCCGGUCCAACUAGCACCUAUGAUGUGCAUUUAGAUGGGCAUGGUGGCGGACAUGGAGGCGGUCAUGGAGGCGGACAUGGAGGCGGUUACAGCGCCAAUGCCCAAUGGCAAUCCAGUGGUGGCGGUGGCGGCGGUUGGGACAAGAGGUCCCUGAACGAAGCUCAGGAUUUGGCUUACACUGCCUACAAGCCAUGA